AUGGCUGCCCGACAAUCAACACCAUCGUCCGAUCACUCGCACUCAGAUGGCGUCCGCAAGCGCGUAUGCAAAGCUUGCGAUCGCUGCCGCUUAAAGAAAUCCAAGUGCGAUGGAAGCAGCCCAUGCUCGCGCUGCCGCGCAGACAAUGCCAUCUGCGUCUUCGGCGAGCGAAAGAAGGCCCAUGAUAAAGUGUACCCCAAGGGAUACGUUGAGAUGCUCGAGCAACAACAAGCCUGGCUCGUCCAUGGCCUGCAAGAACUAUACCGCCGCAGCGCCGAAGGCGAAGGCUGGCCAGGCGACUGCCUCAAGCCCGAGCCCAACGGCCACCCACUCACUCACGACCUCCUCACCCGCCUCGGCGCCCUAGACCACUCCAAGGGCGAACGCUUUGAAGAGAACCCCGAAGUAAUGCAGCACGAACUCUGGCGCAACGGCAUGGCCCGCCAGGAUUCCACCGACGGCUCAACCGACAGCCCACACAGCCCCGUUGCCCGAUCCCGCUUCUCCUCAGACGCCUUCUCUUCGCAUUCGCAGCAAACCAAUGCCUUGCCCCCAACACCACCAACCUACAGUCCCAGCAGCCGUGCCGCACCCAUGCAACAGAUCAAGGUCGAGCAGACGAUGAGCACCGCACCCACGCCGCAGUCGCAAUAUGCACUCUCCAUGCAGGGCGUUGUGAAUCCGCUGGCACUCCAGGGCGCGCCGCAGUGGCCAGGGAAUAAUGGCGGCUUCAACCCGUUUGACGAGAUGGAUUUGAUGAGUUCGGCGGAUUAUGCCAAUUUCAACUUUGAGGAGCCGAUCCCGUCGCCGAUGUUUCAUCGCCAGAUGCCCAUGAACUGUGUGCCGUCUGAUUAUGAUGAUUUCAAGGAGUUUUUGAAUCCGAAUCCGACGGAGAUCACUUCGAUCUAA